CAAAAUCACUAUCACAGUUGAAUGAAGUGUAAAUAUUCAUUAUCCUUCCCCUGGGGAUAUGAAUAUGGGUAAGGAAUAACACAAACAAAUUUAACUGCACAGUUUAAAAUUUACAGACAUAACAUAAAUUGAGCUCCUCGAUUGUCAACCCUGUAACCAUGGCAGACCAAGCAGAGCCUGCCCCAUUACAGGUCCCAGGAGAAGAACCAACAGAGCCGGUUGAAAAAGCUGAAGAAAAACCGGAUGCCGGAGUAAAAGAAGACCAAGGUGUAAAGGAAGAAGAGCAAAAAGUAAAGGAAGAGGAACCACCUAAAGAGGAAGAAGGACAAAAAGCUACAGAAGAAACACCGGUACAAGAAGUAAAGCAGGAUGAAAAGGAAGAAAAACAACCACCUAAGGAAGAACAACCACCUAAGGAAGAAAAACAACCACCUAAGGAAGAAAAACAACCGCCUAAGGAAGAAAAACAACCACCCAAGGAAGAAAAACAACCACCACCAAAGGAAGAAGCUGUGACUGAAGCCAAAAAGGAUUCAGUUAAAGAUGAAUCCCCUCCUAAAACUGAUGAUACUGCAGAUAAGAUUGAAAAGAAACAAAAGAAGAGCGACAAGCCUGAAGUUAAACCGCUGUUUGAUAGCAAAGGCAGUCUGUUAGAGACGCAGUCGUUUGUCCGAGAGAGAAUCAGAGAAAUCAAGGAGAAGAGAGCAACAGUGGCGAAACUGAUUGGGGAUCUGCAGGCUAAAGUCAAGGCUUAUAAAGAGAAAAAAAAUCCCACUGACGAAGACACCGCCAACUUGAAGACCUACCACGCUCAGUUCCUCGAGAAGCUGGGAGAGUUUGAAGAGAUGACACGGAACCUGGAGAAGCUGAUGGGGAUGGCUGACGUGUCUACGUCUCAACUGGACAUGAAGAUGUCUGGGCCUCCAAUGCCUAGCAAGCCUAAGCAGAAGGUGGCUGAGCCCGAGAAGCCCAAGGUACCGGCCAGUGCCGAGGUGGUGCCUUUCAAAGACAUUGAGGACAAGUUGCCCAAGCUAGUGGUGUGUGGAGCAGACACAGGAGACAACGUACCCAGGAUCAUCGUGUGUGAACCUCUGCGGAAGAAGGACCUGGAGCCCUGGAGCGAUAAGGCUAAACCUGGCGAAUGUAUUGAAAAGCUGAAUGAAUGUUUUAUGAACCAGCAGAGACUAGCUGCAGAAAACGCAGAAGUUCAGAGAAUAAGGCAUCAGCAGCAGCAGCAACUGCUGGACAUGCAGGAGACUCUAGACAGUAUGAGACAGAGGAUGAUGGUGCUGGAGAUGGACAACCGCAGAGUAACUGCGGAGAACCAAGAGUUGCAGCAACGGCUCAGAGUGCAGCCUCCUCCGCAGCCGAGUGUGCCAGGCGUGAAGAUGUGCAAGAGAGAUCUUUACAUGCAGUACAAGGGACAUCCAGCGGAAGCCAACAUGCAGGGCUUGGAACAAGAGCUGAUGAAGAUGGGUGGUGACAUAGUGACGAUUGCCAACGACCUGGACAACAUUCACAGGGAGAAAAUGAACCUGGGCUAUCCGACAAGUCCUAGGAAAACGUGCAAAUUGAUGCUACCACAAGUUGGAACGCAAACGGAUGAAGACAAAGAGAAAGACGUUAUUUUCGAAUCGGACAAAGAUGUUAAAUUCAAAGACCUAAGAGAGCAAUACCAAAGGCUGCACAGUGAUUUCAAAAACAAAGUGGCGGAAGUGGCUGCUUUGAGAGUGGAGUUGGAAAAGUCGAGGAAGGAGUUGGACGAGAUAACGAUCCUGCAUCAGGAGCUGGAGAUGAUGCAUCAGAAGGAGGUUGAAGACAACAGCACACUGAUGGUGGAGAAGAAUCAGAUCCAAUCUUUCAAAGACCAAAUAGUGGAUUUGGAGCAGCAAGCCAGCAUUGCCAAGCAGAUGUUCAAGUCUUCACAAGAGGAAAUGGAGGAGAUGAGAUCACUGAUCGAGGAUCAAGCUACUCAACUGGACGAGUACAGGAAUAAGUAUAUGAGAACACUCCAAAUUGCGGAAGAAUUGAAGAAGGAAAAUGAAUUCAAAGAAAAGGCAUGCGCUGACCAGAUCGCUGUGGAAAUUCAACGAGUAAAGCAAGAAAUGCAAGAACAGCUGGAGGAGCUGAUACCCAUCAAGGAUCUGCUGAAGAUGACCCAGCAGAAGCUGAAAGAGACGGAGCAGAUGCACACUAUAGCACUGGAGACCAUAGCAGACAUGUCACAACAACUGGAGGAUGCUCGUGGCCAGAUGGAAUCCAUGAAGGAUAAAAUUACUGCUAUAGAAGGCCAUGGGGAGUUGCAAGAAAAUCUGAAAAACAGUCUUGAAGUGGCCGAGAAAAGAAUGACCGAAUUGGAAAGUGAAAAUACCCGUCUCAAGGAGGUAGUGUUACAACUGGAAGCCAACCAGGCUGUACAGAAGGAUCAGCUGGAGGCCAAGUCUCAUGAGCUACUGCAGAUGGUGUCUCAGCUUGAAACUGUCCGAGAAGAGUCUGCUCGUCAGGUGGCGAGAGUGAAGGAGCGUAGUGAGAUGAUCCGCAAAUGUCUGCAAGCUCAGAUAGCUGAGAUGGAGAGAGAGGUGGCUCAGUGCCGAGCGGCCGCUGCCUUUGCCAACAGGGAGAGGGACGAGAUAAGAUCCAAACUGCAAAUGGAGAUUUGUCUGCUUUCUGAAAACUUCCAUGAUUCUCAAAAUCGAAUAAUUCAGCUACAACAACAUGUCAACUAUCUCAGUGCUUCCCAUCCAACAACGCUCAUAGACCUGGUGCAGUGA